AUGAAAGGAAAAGAAUAUGAGCAGAGGAACUCGUUGGGAGGCUCCUGGAGGAGGCGGAGGUACGGCCGCAGUGUUGGUGCUGAGUCUCCUUCAGUUGCUGAAGUGCACAAGGACUUGGCCUUCGAUUUAGUGGAAUCACUCGAUAGAAGUGGCUGUGCCAAGAAGCUUCUGUGCGAGCAGGCCUCCCUAGAGGCUCAAGAAGGCGAGAAGACCUCCCUAGUGGCUCAAGGGCAAGAGGGACAAGGCGACGUAGCUCCUGGAGGCGGAGGUAUCCCUGCCAGCAAAAGUGCAGAGGAAGGACUUAGUACUCUUUCGGCUGACGAAGUUGGGGAAAUGAUGCUUCUGUUCGUGAGAGAAGUUCCUUCGACAGACGACACCGCCGAGAGCUCAAAGGAGUCGUUGCGCAAGGCAGCCGCCCUUGGGGAGGGAGGGGUCAACUGCGCAGAGGAGUUUCCAGGGUGUCCUUACACCAGGAUCGAAAUGCUAAGCCUCAUGAUGACGGGGGAGAUCCUUUAGGCCUGACUGAUUAGGAUUUGGGACUGUCAUCCUUGUCUAUGAGAUCUUUUUUCUUUUAUCCCAGGAAUGGCUGAAACAUCAUUAUAAGUCUGUGGUUAUUAUUGGUUAUUGUUGUUCUUAUAUUGCUGAUCAUUUCAUUUUGUGUUUUUGUCUUUUAUUUGAUGGAAGACUGAAAAAUGACCACUUAGGCCUAAAUGCUCUGGUUGGCUGACUGAUAACUUUUACACACAUGAUUUUUUAAUUUUCAUCUUUAUUUUAUUUUCACUUAUUUCAAGAAAGUUUAUCCAGAUCACUAACAGUUUGCAAGAUAAUAUACUUAUUUUUUUAUUCUGUUAGAGAAAAUACUUAGUAAUCUAUCAAUAUUAUGAUGGCAGUAUUUUGUUUUAAUUCUCAUUCAUAUUUUUGUAGACCUAGGGAGUGUCUGGUUACUCUAGGAGGUUAUUAUGCAAUAUAUCCAAUGCACUAUCUUUUACAUUAUUUGAUGUAGAACUUAAUGCGCUAUUAUUAUUCAGCUGAAAGCAAUACUUUUACCUUUAUUUUGUUUUUAAAAAAAUGAUAUAGCAAACUUUAGCAAUUUGAUAAAACUUAUUGUGUCUCCCACAUGUUAAACUUUUGUCUGUUUACUUAUUGCACUUAUUUUUCCGAUUACAAGAGCAGGCAGGCAGACUACUGUGAUAUUGUGUCACUAAAGAAGAGGAUAUUGUCAGCUAAAAUGCAAAUUUUAUACUAAUUGCUAUUAUAUAAACACAAGAAUUCCACUGUGGACGCACGUAGCAUUGUAAUAAGGGUUUACUAAUUACGGGAAGAACUGGUUGUCAUUAUUUUAGCCCGAAUAAAAGCAUAUCUAAA